UUAAUUAUUAUUUCGUUAUAGUGUAGUGAAAAUAGGAAAAUGUUGGGUUGGAAGCCGGAUUUCAAGUAUCAAAUGUCGGUAUUUACACGUCGACGUCUUGGCUGCAGCCCAAAUAGUUUCAAAUAACCAUCUUGUUUCUCACGACUAUGGCCAAAUACGUUUUAUUUAUUAUCAUUUACUAAGUAUUUUGUUGUACUGACGACAUAUUAACAUUAUAUUGUACCUUGAUAUACUAGGUACUUGCACUAAAUGCCAGACACCACAUAUCUGGCUAAUUAUCUGUUAAUUCGUUCCUCCGUUGCCAAAAUCAUUUAUAAUAAUCAUUGGACUGGACUCCUAGACCAACAAAACAAUCACAAUGGCGGAUGAUGAAGUAAGAAAAAGCGUCUCGAGGAGGAGAGUUGUAAGUACACUGGUUACCAAUGUCCACUGUCUCCAGGCGAAGAAGGCCAAACAGGCCGAAAUCGACCGCAAGCGUGCUGAGGUGCGCAAGCGUAUGGAGGAGGCCUCCAAAGCCAAGAAGGCGAAGAAGGGUUUCAUGACACCUGAGAGGAAGAAGAAGCUCAGGUUGCUGCUGCGUAAGAAAGCCGCUGAGGAACUGAAAAAGGAGCAGGAACGCAAAGCGGCCGAGAGGAGGCGCAUCAUUGAGGAGAGGUGCGGUAAACCCAAGAACAUUGAAGAUGCAAACGAAGAUGCGCUUGUGAGGGUUUGCAAAGAAUACCACACCCGCAUCGGACAGCUCGAAGACGAGAAGUUCGAUCUGGAAUACAUCGUUAAAAGAAAAGAUAUGGAGAUCUCGGACCUGAACUCUCAAGUCAACGACCUUAGAGGCAAAUUCGUCAAACCCACACUAAAGAAGGUGUCCAAAUACGAGAACAAAUUCGCCAAGCUCCAGAAAAAGGCGGCCGAAUUCAACUUCCGUAACCAGUUGAAGGUCGUCAAAAAGAAGGAAUUCACCCUUGAAGAAGAAGACAAAGAGAAAAAACCAGACUGGUCCAAGGGCAAGCCAGGAGAUCAGAAGGUAAAAGAGGAAGAGGUUGAGGCAUGAACUGUAACUCACCCCCACCUACUGUAAGACCUGUACUCUAAGUCAAUUGACAAUUGUUAUUAACUAUCAGCACAUUGUGAUAUGCCUACCUUCCAUGGUCCGUCCGUGCACUGCGGACGCAAUCACCCUGUAGGUAUCUACCAACAAGUUCCUCCAUUUUAUAUCUGUGUACUUGUCGAUUGAACACAUCCAUUUCGAACAUGUCAAAUAAUUUUUUAUAAUUAUUUAUUUAUUAAAUAAUGAUUUUUUGUAAGAUAAUACGUUUAAUAAAUUAAUUUUCUGUACUGUAUUACAUUUAGUGGAUGU